AGUGACGGCCGGGUUUGUUGACAGCGGAGGCCGCGGCGGGGGGAGCGGGCCCCAGGAGGACGCGGAGCCCGACCCCGUCCCGCCCCGGGAAGCGGCGCCGGGACGAGCCGGGAUUCCCGCCGCGCCCCCUCGGGCGGGCUGCGUGGCGCCAGCUGCCCUGAUGUCUCUGUAAAUUCACCCUGGCACUUCAUUUGAGGAAAAGAUCUACUAAAUCAAAAGCUUCCUCUGCUCUUCCCCUUCCCAUCCUUCCCUCACGAUGGCAUCUGACAGCCCCGAGUCCCUCAUGACCUUGUGCACCGAUUACUGCCUUCGCAACCUGGAGGGGACCCUCUGCUACUUACUGGACAACGAAACCCUGCGGCUCCAUCCUGACAUCUUCUUGCCCAGCGAGAUUUGUGACAAACUUGUCAAUGAGUAUGUGGAGCUGGUGAAGACAGACAGCAUCUUUGAACCCCAUGAAAGCUUCUUCACCCUGUUCUCAGAUCCCCGCAGCACCAGGCUGGCUCGGAUCCACUUGCGGGAGCAGAUUGUGCAGGACCAGGACCUGGAGGCCAUCAGGAAGCAGGACCUUGUUGAGCUCUAUUUGACUAACUGCGAGAAGCUCACAGCCAAGAGCCUGCAAACCUUGGUGAGCUUCAGCCACACACUUAUUUCCCUCAGCCUUUUUGGCUGCUGUAACAUCUUCUAUGAGGAGGAGAACCCUGGAGGCUGUGAAGAUGACUGUUUGGUGAACCCAACUCGCCAGGUCUUGGUCAAGGACUUUACUUUUGAAGGCUUCAGCCGCUUGCGCUUCCUGAACCUGGGUCGCUUGAUCGAAGGCGUCAACGUGGAGACGUUGCUUCGGCCUUUGGCCUCACUUGCAGCUCUUGAUCUCUCUGGGAUCCAACUGAAUGAUGUGGGAUUUCUGACCCAGUGGAAGGACAGUCUGGUUUCCUUAGUGCUUUACAACAUGGACCUUUCAGAGGAGCACAUCCAAGUGAUUGCACAGCUUCGCAAGCUCAGGCACUUGGAUAUCUCCAGAGACCAUCUGUCCAGUUAUUACAAGUUCAAGCUGACCCGGCGGGUUCUAAACCUGUUUGUGGAGAACUUGGUCAACCUCACGUCGCUCGAUAUCUCAGGGCACACCAUGCUGGAGAACUGCACCAUCCCCAGCAUGGAGGAGAAGAUGGGCCAGACAAGCAUUGAGCCAGCAAAGAGCAGCAUUGCUCCCUUCCGGGGUCUGAAACGACCACUCCAGUUCUUGGGGCUUUUUGAAACCUCUCUCUGCCGCCUGACACAUAUUCCAGCCUACAAGGUGAGUGGAGACAAGAACGAAGAGCAAGUGCUGAAUGCCAUCGAGGCUUACACCGAACACCGGCCCGAAAUCACUUCCCGGGCCAUCAACCUCCUGUUUGACAUCGCCCGGAUCGAACGCUGCAGCCAGCUGCUGAGAGCCCUGCAGCUGGUCAUCACAGCCCUCAAGUGCCACAAAGAUGACAAAAACAUCCAGGUGACGGGCAGUGCCGCGCUGUUCUACCUGACCAACUCCGAGUACCGCAUGGAGCAGAGCGUCAAGCUGCGGCGCCAGGUCAUCCAGGUGGUGCUGAACGGCAUGGAGUCCUACCAGGAGGUCACCGUACAGCGAAACUGCUGCCUGACCCUGUGUAACUUCAGCAUCCCUGAGGAGCUGGAGUUCCAGUACCGCCGGGUCAACGAGCUGCUGCUGAACAUCCUCAACCAGAGCCGGCAGGAUGAGUCCAUCCAGCGCAUCGCUGUGCACCUCUGCAACGCUCUGGUCUGCCAGGUGGACAACGAUCAUAAAGAAGCUGUGGGCAAGAUGGGGUUUGUCAUGACGAUGCUAAAGCUGAUUCAGAAGAAGCUGGCUGAUAAAACAUGUGAUCAGGUGAUGGAGUUCUCCUGGAGUGCCCUCUGGAACAUCACUGAUGAGACCCCUGAUAACUGUGAGAUGUUCCUUAACUACAGUGGCAUGAAACUGUUCCUGGAGUGCUUGAAGGAGUUCCCAGAGAAACAGGAGCUGCACAGGAACAUGCUGGGCCUCCUGGGCAAUGUGGCUGAGGUGAGGGAGCUCCGCCCACAGCUCAUGACCUCCCAGUUCAUCAGUGUCUUCAGCAACCUGUUGGAGAGCAAAGCAGAUGGGAUUGAGGUAUCCUAUAAUGCCUGUGGUGUGCUCUCCCAUAUCAUGUUUGAUGGUCCAGAGGCUUGGGGUAUAUGUGAGCCCCACCGAGAGGAAGUUGUGAAGAGGAUGUGGGCAGCCAUCCAGAGCUGGGAUAUCAACUCCAGGAGAAAUAUCAAUUACAGGUCGUUUGAACCAAUCCUUCGGCUUCUUCCACAAGGCAUCUCCCCAGUCAGCCAGCACUGGGCCACCUGGGCACUCUAUAACCUGGUCUCUGUCUACCCUGACAAGUACUGCCCACUGCUGAUCAAAGAAGGUGGGAUUCCCCUGCUGAAGGACAUGAUUAAAAUGGCCUCAGCAAGGCAAGAGACCAAGGAAAUGGCCCGGAAAGUUAUAGAGCACUGCAGUAACUUUGAGGAGAACAUGGACACUUCCAGAUAGAGGCAAUCAUCCAAUGCCUCUUGCCAGCACUGUAUCCAGCUUCUCUCUAAUUCACUGUAUAUAGGGAGGACUCUUUCUUACCAACUCACCUGUUGGAAGGAAACUUGAUGUGUGUGUGUGAGACCCUCAGUAGAUGAAGGAGAAUAACCUCAGUUCCACUGAGCAAGCAUCUGCUUUUACUCUGUCCAUUGACCUGCCUGAUGUUGAGAGGCCUGGUUCAAAUGUUUGUACAUGGUGAAACCAAGCAAAAAAAAAAAAGAAAGAAUGCACAACUGUUGCUUCCUUACAAUUCUGAAUGAAUUAACUUUUCUGUUGUAUCCAUUGGAUACCCUCUGUGUAUUAAACCUAGUGCUUAACAAUGUC